CUUCCUGCCAUGGCUUUCAGGUCUGUCCUGGAGUACUUACUCCAGUAUAAAACUGAGAGCAGAAAUAUGAUCACAUCCCGAGGAGUCUAAUCAAUUCUGGUUCCAACACUGAGCCUGUUUAAAACAGAGAAUGGAAUUGCUGUUCCUUGCUCUGUUCUCUCUGCACAUUCUCAAGACAGAGGCAGUAGUGGGAAGCCACUGGUGCUACCGGUCCCAGAAGUGUGAACACCCGGAGUGUGAAGAUCCUCACCAGUGGCACCUGACAGACGCCGCCUGCAAAGGGGACAGACAGUCCCCCAUCAACAUUGUCACCAGAAAUGUCGUUUAUGACAAGAGCCUCAAGCCUCUGACUUUUGAGGGAUAUGAUGGGAAAGGCUCUUCAAAGUGGAGUGUGGAAAAUAAUGGACAUACAGUUAAGGUAACACUGGAUGCAUCCCCGAAAGUUGGAGGUGGAGGACUGGCAAGAAAAUACAAGGCAGUAGAAUUCCAUUUGCACUGGGGGGUCCCAAGUCUGCAGCAAAGCAGCCCAGGAGUGCAGCAGUACAUCCCUGGCUCAGAGCACAGCAUAGAUGGAGAGAAAUAUGCCAUGGAGCUGCACCUUGUCCACAUAAGAGAGGAUGUUUCAAAUGUAGCAGAAGCCAAGAAAUACAAGGAUGGUUUGGCUGUGCUUGCCUUCUUUAUAAAGGUGGACGAGGAAAAUAAAAAUUAUGCAGCUCUUCUAAAUGAACUAGAGAAUAUUCAAUACAAAGGGCUGUCAGCACAGAUGGAUCCUUUGCCACUGAGCUCCCUUCUCCCACCUAAGGAAGAGCUUGGGAGGUACUAUCGCUAUGAGGGCUCCCUCACCACCCCUGACUGCUUCGAGGGUGUCAUCUGGACGAUAUUUGAGAUGCCAAUUGAGCUCAGCCUUCCCCAGCUCUCUCAGUUUGCAGCUCUGCACUUUGAUGGGAAGAACUCAACUCACAUGAUUGAAAAUUUCCGGCCCAUCCAGCCCCUGAACGAGCGCAAGGUGUCCUGGUCCAGCGCCAGCAUCGUCCUGCCCCCGGCAAAGCUCCUGCUGCUGCUCCUCACACUUACGUACUUCCUGAGCUCUCCUUCCCAGUGAACAUUUCUCACCUCAUUCAACGUUCUGCUCUUUUUUUUUCCUCUUUUUUUUUUUUUUUGUUAUUCUUGCUGUUGUUGGCUCUUUGUAUCAAGCAGCCUCUCUAAUUACCAACUCGUGAAUCAUAUCUCAGUACAGAGUGUAACCUUGUCCUCCUCCAGGCAUUAGCCAAGGACUGUGCUGCUCUUACAGAAAAACCCAGAACUCAAAGGAACUGUAAGAUAAAGCUGCAAAGAUUCACUUUUAAAAUAAACCAAAGCAAAACACUUAGAGGAAACAUUAGGAUGGAUUAGGACGGAUUAUCUGCAAACCUGUAGUUUUAACACACCACUGGAAGGACACUUGACAAGCUGUACAGAGGACCUUCAAGAGGAAUCUGUUCUUAAGUGCCUGUGAAGGGGUUUGUUUGGAGUAUGUUUACACUCAACACUGCAAACCUGGCAGUCAUUCCUAUAAUCCCAAACUGUCCUACCUGAAGGUACAACACAGAGCAAAGAAAAAAAACGCUCACACACAGUGGAGCAACAUCUGGGUCACCCCCUCUAGGCAAGGGUAUGUGACAAACCUCAUCUAACACAAACCUCCCCCCCUUCUUCCUCCUGAGGAUCUGAAUCCAUUUUAGCUCAGGACACUGGAUUCCUUUCACCUGAUCUCCUGAUUCUGGCUUUCGGGUUUCUCUCUUAUUUAUUCAUCCCUUCUCUGGGAUGCCAGGGUCAAUAAGAUGUGCCACAGAGAAACAGGGAAGCUCAUCCCCACGGACAAGGGGCACAUCUGUGGAAAUUCCCUCUCUUUGGAGGGCUGCAUUUGAAGCACGGGACUCUGACGAUCCUUUAUAGUUUUUAUCUGCCUAAUAAAAUGGGACAGCUCAAGAAAUGGCUCUUUCUUAUAUAUAUAUUUCUUUUAUAUAGAUAUAUAUAAUUUUUAAUAAUAACAUACCUGCAAUAUUCACAUGUGGUAAAGACUUACAGUUUUUCCAAGAAGAUUGUGAUUUGAACUGACACCUUCAGAUCCCACCCAAUUACUUACAGAAAAGAUAUUGGUGAAAGGGGUUUCCUCAUGUUAUAACACGUUAAAGCUGCUUUUAGAAUUUUAGAUUUUGGCCACACCAAAACAGGAUUUCACAUUAGCAGACUUGUAUUUUUUUUUCUUUAAGGCAGUGUUUGCAGGGAUGACUUUAUACUACAGUUAUAUGGCCAUUUUCAGGAAAAUCCUGGCAGUGAGAGUAACCACAGCUCACCAAAGGAGAAAAAAAUGGGGGGAGGGAACUAUUUUCAUAUUUAUCAAUCAAUAAUAUAAGCUUUAAAGACACACAUGGGAAAGCAAAUCCACCUAUUUAAUGUUUAAAGGAAUGAUUAAUACUUAAACUGUAUUUUUAUGUAACUGAAAGACUUUUGAGGAGCAAACAUAAACAAAAUAUUAAAGUUGAAAGAGACCUA